GUGAUACGCUUGAUCCAAUGAAUAGUAAUCCUGAUAGUGAUAUUGGGGCCAUUCGUAUGGGAUCGACCAACUUGCUUGUACCUGACUCUGCAUCAGAACAUCCUAUGGUUCUAUCGCAUGAAGAAUCCAUGCCUCUAUGUAAUCCAGAUAUCACACUCUCACCAAUCAAUCCAAUGGAGGUACUCAAUGGGUAUGAUGCCAUUGUGAUUGCCAAUCAUAUCAAACAACCUCGUAAACUAUUGAUGGAUCGAGUCAAUCAUCUCCUGGUCAUGUCGGGUGAUAAUGCCAUCUACUCUUUACGCAUGGAUAAAUGUGGGAAUGUCAAUACGGAAUUGAUUCUGGAUACCACAAUCAAGGGUCAACUCCCAGGCACACAUGGUAUGGCACUCGAUACAAAAUACAUUUACGUCGCCACUCUCAAUAAUGUCUAUCAAUUCCCCUAUUCGGAUGGUCAACAUUCGCCAUUGACAAAUGGUCGGGUGGUGGUGUCUAACAUUGCCACUGACCCUGAUGCUCCUAGAGAGGCCAUGCCUGAUAUCUCCAUUGAUCCCUUUGGUGUCGCCUUUAUUCCUCGUUCAUCCGUGGGCAUCCAUAUGGCCUCAGGUGCGUUGGACAAAAUGAAUCAAAACGAUGCCAUCAUCAAGAAGUUUAAUUUCCGAUCCAUCCCUGUCACUGGUUAUGAUUAUCAAAGAGAUGGGGUCGUCCAUGCCUUUGGUACUAAUUCCCGGGGAUCUAUGGCAUUUGAUGCCCAGGCUCGUUUAUGGGGUGCUGAUCAUCCAUUUGAUUCUAUUCAUAGAGCUGACUUGGGUGAUAUAUCAUCAAGUGGUCCAGCUGAAGAAAUCAAUCUUUAUGAAGCAUCAGGAGUGAAUUAUGGCUUCCCACAAUGUUUUACCGAAUUUGAUUUGAAAGAACAUACAAGCAAAUUUGCAGGAUUGGGUGCACAAUGGGCACAUCCCGAGUUUAUGAAUGGAUCGAUCAAUAUGGAUACGUAUUGUCAACAAGGAGAAAACAAUCAUGGACCAGCGAUCCCACUAGCACCAGGAUCCAAAACAGCAGGAUUAUUUUUUUAUAUGGGCACAGGCUGUUCUGUGGGUACACAAGACACCAAAGGUACAUCGGUGGGACUCCCUUGUAAUUGGACAGAUACUCCUAUUGUGGCAUAUCAUGGUGAGCCAGCACAACCCAAUGGGCAUAGCGUGGUUCAUCUCUCGUUUGAUGAUCUGGGUCAUAAACCACGUUGGGACAAACCGGCCGAGAUCAUCCUUCAACAAGUUGAUCCUUGUACAUCCGCGCCUUGUUUUUCCCCUGUCGGUUUGGCCAUCGAUGAAUUCGGGCGACUCUUGAUCAGUAGCGAAGAAUCCAAUGAAAUCUUUAUGGUACGCCGCAUCUUCAAUGCUCAGUCAGCCAAACUCCUUACCGAUAUCGCUAACGCUAGAGAGGAAGCGAAGGAAGCUGAAGAAGAACAAAAAGAGGAAGCUAAUACACCUGAUGAUCAAGAGGAUGAAGAGGAUGAACAAGAAAAAAAAGAAAAAAGAAAAAGUCUAAAGAGUUUAAAGAAACUGGCCAAAAAGAAGAUGGAUGAAUACGAGGAAUAAGAAUAUAUCAUCCAAGUUG